GCUUAAUGCACAAAUGACGCACAUCCGAGUUUAUUGUUUUUGGUGCUCUCGAAACUCUUUAGACUGAAAAUGGAGAAAUGGGCUGCCAAGUUAAAAUUCUAACCUCAUAAGACAGUAACACGACCAUCCAUGUAUAAAAAACAUUGAAAUAACGCAUCACUUUGAAUAUGUCCCGCGUCAUAUUUCAGUUCUAUUUCCCCAACAAUGGCAACGGCAGCUAAUAUGCUGACCCACCGUCUACAAACCCCUUACUUAACCUCAGUAGUAACUGCCAUAACCACCUGUCUCCGAUCUCUGAACCCACAAAAUCUCAAUCCUUCACAUAUCAAUCCAGCCCCUUUAAACCAAUUCUCACCUUACUUAAACUCGCAAUUAGUCAUUGAAGUCAUUAGAAAACAAUCCAAUCCUUACCAUGCCCUCUUCUUCUUCAAUUGGGCAUCGAAUUUAUGUCCUAAUCCCAAUAACUAUUUCCAUAAUCACCAUUGUUAUGUUGCCAUUACUGACCUUCUUCUUUCACACUCCCUCUUUGCUCUCGCCUCUUCUCUCCUUCAAAAUGCUAAUAAAAUGUCUGAUUUAAUGGUUAGUAAGUUCAUCAUAGCUUAUGGUAAUCUUAAAGAAGUUAAACGUGCAAUCUUUUGGUUCGACAAAGCGAAAGCCAUUGGAAAUGGUAACAUCUUGUUUUCUUAUAAUGCGAUUUUGAAUGUUUUAGUUAAUGCUAACCGGUUUAAUAUAGCGCAGUCAAUUUUUGAUGAGAUGGUUGCCGUGAAACCUGAUGUUUCCACUUAUGCGAUUAUGAUUAAAGGGUAUUGGAAAAUGCGGAGUGUUGAGAAUGCGAGCAAGCUGUUUGAUGAAAUGUCCUGUGAGCCUAAUUUGGUUUGCUACAAUACUAUGAUUAAUGGAUACUGUAAGAAGGGUGACAUGGAUAAAGCAAUGGGGAUGUUUUACAGGUUGUUGGGAAGUAAGAAUUGUUUGCCUGAUACAGUUACUUAUACUACUUUGAUUGAUGGGUGUUGUAAAAAAGGUGAUCUUGAUGAGGCAAUGAAGUGGAUGGAUAAUAUGAAGGUUCGGUGUUGCAAGCCGAAUUUGUUGACUUACAAUGCGAUAAUUUAUGGUUUGUGUUUGAAGGGAAAUGUUGAUGAGGCCAGGAAGUUAAUGACUGAGAUGAGGUUAAAUGGAUUGAAAGAAAAUCUUGCUACUCAUAUGAGUAUAUUAAAGGGUCUUUGUUAUGCAGGGAAGUCUGAUGAAGCUGUUAAUUAUUUUAAGGAGAUGAUUAGAAAGGGAAUGAAAUGUGAUGUGAAAGCAUAUGCAGUUGUUAUUAAUGAGUAUUGCAAGAUGAAGAAACCAAAUGAGGCAAUUGCUCUUUUAAAAGAAAUGAAGGCUAAAGGCAUUAAUCCUAGUGUUUCUAGUUUCAAUGCGGUAAUUCAAAUUCUUAUGAAGCUUGGGGAGCCUGAUGCAGCGAUUUUUCUUCUGAAGCAGAUGCAAGGAAUGGGUUGCAGACCAAAUUUCAUAUCAUAUAACAUAGUAAUUGGUGGUCUUUGUGGGGCCAAAGGAAGAAUGCAAAAUGUUAAAGAGCUACUUCAUAACAUGCUUUGCAGCGGUCUUGCUGUUGAUGCAACAAUGUAUAGUUCCUUAGUUAAGGGAUAUUGUGAGGAUGGUAAUGAGGAAAUGGCAAAGCAGGUUCUCUAUGAAGCAAUUGAUAAUAAUUAUGUAAUAGAUUCAGAGAGCUUUUCGGUUUUUGCCAAUAAGAUGUGUGAAAAGGGGAAGGCUGUUGGGGUUGAAAAUAUAUUGAAGGAGAUGUGUAAGAGAUGCUCUGUAGUUGAUGUGGGCAAUUACUGGAGGAUCCUGGAUGAGCAAUUAGCUAUGCAUUUGGCCAAAGGAAGUUGAAAUUACUAAUCGUUUGACUUGUUAUUGGCCAGUAGGCCCUAAUACAUACGAAGGACUCCGUGCUUUAGCUGGUAACUUCAAGUGGUGGAACUUUAGGAACGAUGCUUAUGUUUAUAAAGUUUAGAAGUUCAAACUAUGCCGCGCAGGAUGAAUUACUUUUCAAGUUCUAGCUAAGACUCUACUCUGAUUCUGAGAAUGCUGCUGCCAUUAGUAGAAGAAUUGAGAACUAACGAGUCGAGUGUUGAUGAAUACUGGAAGAUUAUAUUUACAAUGUCGCAUAUAUAAUGAAAAUUAGCCAGUUUUCAUUGUGAAAACACAAAUUUUGUUGACUGCUGCUCUUGUUUUAAGAAAUGAAGUUAUAUCUUGUAUCA